CGCUGAGAAAGCCCCAGUCAGGCCCCAGCCCGCGGUUCUGGGUGGGCCCCGGGCGAUCUCCCCCCACGGGGCUGCCCCGGCCCGGCUCCCUGCCUUCCACCUGGCCCCGAGGAGGAAGCCCCACCUCCCGGAGGGAGCGCCUCCUGAGCCGGGAAGGCAGGAAGUCUGCGUCAGACGACCUGUCCUGCGGCCGCCCCACCCGAACCUUCCCGAGCUCGGCCGCAGGCUACGGUUUUUGCCGCGGGGAGAGGGGCCUCCCAGCUGGGACCCAGCACAAGACGCCCUGCUCGCGGACUUGGAGUCCACCACCUCCCAUAUCUCCAAGCGGCCCGUGUUCCUGUCGGAAGAGACCCCCUACUCCUACCCCACGGGCAACCACACGUACCAGGAGAUCGCCGUGCCGCCCCCGGUGCCCCCGCCCCCCUCCAGCGAGGCGCUCAACGGCACCGUCCUCGACCCCCUGGACCAGUGGCAGAGCAGCGGCGCCCGCUACGCCCCCCAGCAGCCUCCGCCCCAGUCUCCCGGGUACGGCUCCAGCGGGAAGAGUCCCAGUGUCCCUGUGACCCAGGAGGGCCUCGGGUCGCCCCUCGGAGGCAGCGAGGAGGAGCACGUGUACAGUUUCCCCAACAAGCAGAAAUCAGCUGAGCCGUCCCCCACCAUCAUGAGCUCCUCGCUGGGCAGUAACCUGUCAGAACUCGACCGCCUCCUCCUGGAGCUGAAUGCUGUGCAGCACGGCCCCACUGCGGGCUUCUUGACGGAUGAGGCGAGCCAGAGCCCUCCGCUGCCCGGGGGCCUGAGCCCCCACUACGGCGUCCCCGAGAGCAGCGGCCCCGUGGCGGGGAAGGCGGCCCCCCCGGUGAAGGAGAAGCCCAAGCGGAACGGGGCGCGCGGGCUGGAGGACGUCAGGCCCAGCGUGGAGAGCCUGCUGGAUGAGCUGGAGAGCUCGGUGCCCAGCCCUGUCCCGGCGAUCACUGUAAACCAGGGAGACAUGAACAGCCCCCAGCGCGUCACGUCCAGCCAGCAGCAGACCCGCAUCUCGGCCUCCUCGGCCACCAGGGAGCUGGACGAGCUGAUGGCCUCCCUCUCGGACUUCAAGACCAGCUCCUCCGUGUCCCCGAGAUCGGAGCUGUCGGCCCGCUCCUGUGCCUCUCCAGAACCUCACGCCUCCCUCUCAUCCACUUAUUCGAGUCCCCGUACUAGAUGUGUCUCUGGGGAGCCGGGGAGUGCCUGUGGGAUGCUGUGCAUUGAAGAAAAUGGGGACCUGGGGAAGAGCCCCCCAGCUCUGCUCUCAGGUCCCCUCAGAGCCCCCGCUCCGACCAGGCUGGGGGGGAUGUCCGGUGCCGGCAGCGAGGAUGGGGGUCCCUUGGGGACUCCAAUGAAUGACCCCUCCGGAGUUGCCCUUGGCAGUGAGACCGGGCCCUCUGAGGCCCGUGGUUCUGGCUCCUUACCCGGAGCUCGCACGUGGCUCCAGCAGCCCCGCCCCCCGCCGAAGGAGCCCGCCGACCCUUGUGCAGAGGAGGCCGGCGAUGCUCGCAGGGAGCAGCUGUGGCCCCCGGACUCGCGCGGAGCCUCCCGGCCCGCAGAAGAAGUCCUGGAACCCACUGUUGUUGCUGUGAACCGACAGGACGUCUGCCCUGACACCUGGGGCUGCGCCGGGGAGCCCAGUCGGCCGAAGGCCGCGGCGGGGCCUGGCCUGGUGCCUCAGGAGAGCGACCACCCCAGAGGGAGCCAGAGGGGGCCAAGCCGGGAGAGCGGCGGGAGCCCCGUGCCGGGGGGCUGGGGCGCCGAGGCCCCCACCGACGUGGCCGCGAGAGCCGGGCCGGAGCCGCCUCCGGCCUCAGAGAGAGUUUCCACUUCUGGCCAGAUCCGCUCCGUGAUCAGGAGGAGCCGGGAGACGGGCCACGCGCACCCCAUGUCUCGGGAACCCUCCCCACGUCGACGCCCGAGUCCCGCCGUCCCCCACAAGACCCCGUCCCAGGACCAGCUCAUUGCCGAGCUGCAGGGCCGGCUGGGCAUCAGGCCGGAGGAGCAGGGGCCAGACCAGGCCGGGGUGGAGCCGGACGCCUGGCUGACCGAGGGCGUUGUCAUCACUGUGCGGCCACGGGGGAGGAGGGACGGGGGGCAGGUCGUAGAGAAGGUGGUCUUUCCUCCUGAUUCUCCCGUCCCCCUGAGAAGGACCAUCUCGGUUCCGGGGUCUCCUCCUCCUUCUCCUCCUCUCCAGUAUCUCAGACAUACCCCUGAGAGUGGCCCUCCUUCUCCUCAGGCCCGGGCCUCCCCCGGGCUUCCUGUGAGGGGCAGGGAUACCCCCUCUGGUGACGAGGGGCGCCCGCCCUCUGUCUCCUGCCCGCCCCGCGCCCCAGCCACCGCCCGCCUCGCCGUGUCUGUUGGCUGUCAGACUGAGGAGGACCCAGCCUUCCCCCCAGUUCAGGCAGGCCCGCCCCCGGUGGGUGCCCAGGGCUGGCUAGAGCAGGCUCUCUUCUCCCAGCCGGCCUUCGUUUCAUCCCCUGCCGCCCUGGGCCAUCGGACGCUGACCUCGGCCUGUCGCCCUCCUCUGCAGGUGCCGACCACGACUGGCGUGGCCCAGCCCGGCCUGAUGGCGGCCCGUCCGCCCCCCAGCCCUCCCUCCCUCAGGAAGGCAGCCGGCCCUUCUGCUCGCGGCCCCGAGCCCCUCACUGCGCCGGCCUUCCCUGAGUUCAUGGCCCAGGGGAAGGUGGGGAGCAACUCCCCACCAGGGGGCCCCCCGAAGCCAGGAAGCCAACUGGACAGCAUGCUGGGGAGCCUGCAGUCGGACCUGAACAAGUUGGGCGUGGCCACGGUCGCCAAAGGCGUCUGUGGGGCCUGCAAGAAGCCCAUUGCUGGACAGGUGGUGACGGCCAUGGGCAAGACCUGGCACCCCGAGCAUUUUGUCUGCACCCACUGCCAGGAGGAGAUCGGCUCGCGGAAUUUCUUUGAGCGCGACGGGCAGCCCUACUGUGAAAAAGACUAUCACAACCUCUUCUCCCCUCGAUGCUACUAUUGUAACGGGCCCAUCUUGGAUAAAGUGGUGACGGCCUUGGACCGGACUUGGCACCCCGAGCACUUCUUCUGCGCCCAGUGCGGAGCGUUCUUCGGACCGGAAGGCUUCCAUGAGAAAGACGGGAAGGCGUAUUGUCGAAAGGAUUACUUUGACAUGUUUGCCCCUAAAUGUGGAGGCUGCGCCCGGGCCAUCCUGGAGAACUACAUCUCGGCCCUCAACACGCUCUGGCACCCCGAGUGCUUCGUCUGCCGGGAAUGCUUCACCCCCUUCAUCAACGGCAGCUUUUUUGAGCACGACGGGCAGCCGUACUGCGAGGUGCACUACCACGAGCGCCGCGGCUCGCUCUGCUCCGGCUGCCAGAAGCCCAUCACUGGCCGUUGCAUCACCGCCAUGGCCAAGAAGUUCCACCCGGAGCAUUUUGUCUGCGCCUUCUGCCUCAAGCAGCUCAACAAGGGAACCUUCAAGGAACAGAAUGACAAACCCUACUGUCAAAACUGCUUCCUCAAGCUCUUCUGUUAGAGCCCCCCGAGCCCCCCAGACCCCUGGGAGGGGUUCCGGAACCCCCAGACCUCAUGGCAGGGGCGGGAGCUUUGGCAGGGCCCUUCAGGAAUUGGAGCCUGCUUCUGAGGCCAGCCUGGCCGGGGGCGGGGGGCAGGUGGGCUACACCUAUUUGUGGUUUCCUCUUCCCAGGGACCCCCUGGGCCCACAUCCUUCCUCCUUCCGCUGGUCUCUCUUUCUUUCAUGGUGGGAGAGAUUCUUCCUAGCCUGCGGACCCUCCCUGCUGGGCAGACCCUGGCACCCCACACUGGAAUCAUUUUUUAGCCAGGUCACUGGGCAUCCCCAGAACCAGGGCUGCCCACUCAGGGAGUUUUUGAGGGGCAGAACUUUUCCCAAUCUCUUGUUUCUCCUUUUGCCCUCCUCUUCCCGUCCUCCUCCCUUUCCUCCCCUGCUUCGGGACCCUGGAGGGCAGCCAACAUAAGCCCCCCGGGGAGAAGACAGGGAUUGGGGCAGAGUGGGGUGGACAGAGUUCCCGAGACCCCCUUUUCCUCUGGCUGUCCCUGGCCACUCCUUUAUGCCUCAAGGCCUCCUUUAAUUCACUUGGUUCUACUGAGAAAGGACUCUCCAGCAAUAAUAUUUUAUAUUGACUUUGUGGGCGGCUGAGCCCGGAUUCCGGGCUCCAGGAUCGGUGGGCACGCCGCGAGCACGCCCCCAGACUGGACGCUGUCCCUGUUUGAUAGAUUUCUACACUGAGGUUUGAAUUCCUAUUUGUCGGGGUUGCUUUUAAUUCUCUCUAUGAAAUUUGAAAUUGAUUUUGAAAAGAUUUUUAAGCCGUUCCUUCGGGGCCUGCCCUUUCCCUGUGGCUUUGCUGUGGAGCACUCUUAACCAGAAGGGGUUUUGUGGACCGAGGGCCUCUGGGUGAACGGGGCAGCCAGUAUCUUUUUCUAGCACAAACCGAUCGGGCCGAGACUCGCCUUUUUUUAAUUCCCUCUCUCACGGUUCCCCUAGAACAUUUUGUAAACUGCUGUAUUCAGACCCCCCUCCCUCCCCGACUGUCUGCCGGGGUCCCGCCUGCCUCCCCGAGAGAGGUCAGCAUACAGUGCGUUGGGGGGUGGGGAGAGGGGAACGCCAGGGGAUUUCCCGAUUGCUGCUGGAAUAAGCCGUCAGGAGUCGGGGUCGGACCUUCGAGGCCCGCUGUGCCCCCCUUGUCUUCCCACGUCUCCCCAGGACCCUGCUUCAACAUGCCCGGGCGAGGCCGUGGGGCUGCCUUCUAGGCCUUGUUAAGCACCUUUUGUGCCACAUUUCCCUCUGGUUUGGGAAAUCUGGGGAUGGGGUGAUAGAGAAAUAGAUUCAUUCUCAAGGACAGAAUGAUGAUGGAGCCAGAGGCCGCUGGGACCUCCACGCUCUCUUACCCCAGUUUUGUCCCCAUUUUGUGCUGACCGUAAUGAGUGCUUGGAAACUUACGGGGGGAACCGACCUGAAACUGAUGCAGGUCUUGCAGAGGGACCAGGUCCUGGGAGAAUCCUGGGGAAACUUUCCCGACUGAUGAAACGGGAGCUCACCGAGUCCCCAGGGCCCAGGUUGGCUGCCAGCUCUGUCCGUUCCUGGGGCCUCCACAGACGGGGCAAAGGACAGUCCGGGGCCGGUGGAAGCCCCGGCUGUGAAGGGAGAGGCAGAUUUCCCAGGGAUCUCGGUGCCCACUCCACCUUUGGUUCGGUUAGCCAGGAGCUGUCCAGGCCAGCUCAGCUGUGUUUUGGGGGUGUCCGUAUGUCCACCUCGAGGCCUUAGUGCUCUGUUUACAGUGACCUGCCCCCGUCCCUCCCCUUUGGGGUCAGGGACAUCUUGGGGAUGCCUCUCUGGGUCAACAGUUUGAUUUGAUUUUUUUCUUCCCUAUCAACUUCUAACCUUGCUUUUCCCAUUUAAAUUCCUGUGAUUUAUGCCAAUAAAAUUUACCAUUAUUUUCA